GGGCCUCUGCCUCCUCCCCCGAUGUCUGUUUACCAAGAACUGUUCAGGGUGGCGAGGCUGCUGUCCCCAAAUCCGGUACAGUUCACGUGUCCAUACUGCAUGAAUCGGAUCAUCACCGUGACCACGCCGGUCCCAGGCGUGCUCACCUGGCUCAUGUGCACCGGCAUCUUCAUGGCCGGGUGUCUCUUGGGCUGCUGCCUCAUCCCCUUCUGCGUGGACAGCUUGAUGGACGUGAGGCACACGUGCCCCGUGUGUCUGCAGGAGCUCUUCCUCUACAAACGCCUGUGA